UAAAAUAAUAACAAUCCUUUUUAUUCUUGUUAUUUAUUAUGGCAAUAUCAGAUUCAAAUAAUAAAAAAUCAAAUAAUAAUAAUUAUGAAGUCUCUGCCACUAUAUGUUUUAAUUGUGGUACAACGACAACUCCCUUGUGGAGAAGAGGACCCAAUGGUGAAACAAUAUGUAAUGCCUGUGGUCUUUAUUUAAAAGCAAGAAAUACAUUGCGUCCACCUACUAUGAAACGUAAAGUAAAGAAUAAGCAGUCUAAUACGAAUACUACUACUACUAUUACUACUACUACUACUACUACUACAUCAUCAUCAUCAUCAUCAUCACUAUUGACAACGGAAAACUCUAUACCCUCUACUGAAAACCCACCAGCUGGAAGUUGUCCUGGUGGAGGUCAAUGUAAUGGUACUGGUGGGUCUGCCUCUUGUAAAGGAUGUCCUGCUUAUAAUCAACAUCAAGUGAAUCGACAUACACUUAUUUGUGCUAAUUGUAGGACAACAACUACUCCACUUUGGCGUCGAGAUGAAAUGGGAAACACGAUUUGUAAUGCAUGUGGUCUUUAUUAUAAACUACAUAAUGUGCAUCGACCUGUUAGUAUGAAACGAAGUGUUAUUAAACGUCGAAAAAGAAUUAUUAUUACUGAUAAAGAUGGUCAUUCAACUGAAGAAGAGCAAGAUGAAUUAGAAUCGACAUCUUCAUCAUCGGAUAGUUCAAGUAAUAGCUCGUGUGUUGAUGAUGAUGAUGAAGAGAAAGUGAAACAACACAUUGAAAAGAAAAGAAUUAAAAAAAGAGAAAAGAAGAGAAAGAUAAAAAGAAAAGAAGAACGAAUAUGUCAAGCAAGUACAGCUCCAACAUCAAUAAUGACUACUAUAGCAGUACCGCCUAUUGAAGAUUAUAUUAUACCUAAACGAAUGACUAUAAAAGAACAACAAAAACAAGAGCAACAGUCCAGUCUUGUUCGAAGCAAUAGUUCACAUCGAUUACCACCUCCACCUACUACACCUCCUUUAAACCCUACCACGCUCCAAUCAAAUACCACCACCCAUUUAUUACCAUCACUAUCUACUACUCUUAAUCACUCUAAUAAUACUACUACUAUGACUCCUGAUAGACCUACAACUCGAUUUGAUCCUUUGUUUAAUUAUCGUCGAUCUUCACCAUUAAAAGAAAUCAAUUUACCUCCUCUUACAAAUAAUUUAAAUACAAUCAAUCCAUAUCAAGACUUGCAUGAUUUUGAUGAAGCCAUGACUCGACUUGAAAGACUUAGAAGACGUGUGCCGCCAGAACAAAGUAAAGUCUUGUCUAGAUUAACUGAUGCCCUCGAAGAUAUUGUGAAUCAAGCCGAAGUUAUUCUUUCAAGUACACAAUAUAACAAACCAUCAUCUUCUUAUCUGCAUCAUCCUAAUUCACAGCAACAACUUCAUAACCCUCGUUUAUAAAAAUAAAAAAAAAAAUGUUUUAUUAUGUAAUAUAGUAAACAAAACAAAUAAAGUAAAGUAAACAGAGAAAACAAAAAAAAA